AGUGCUGAGCUCGUUCUCUCUCUCUCUCUCUCUCUCUCUCUCUCUCUCUCUCUCUAUAGUGAGGCGGAGGAGGAGAGGGUGCGCCAUAGAGAUGCUCGCGCGAGCUCCACAGAGCCCCUUCUCCAAUGGCCUCGUCCCCAUCCCCCGGCCCCAUCUCCAUCUCCCUCCCCCUCCGAGCUCGGCCUCGACCGCCGGGGCCCGCCGAGGGACGCGGCGGUGGGGGCCGGCGAGGGCGGAGCGCGGCGGCGGAGGAGGAUACGAGAGGGUGCCCAUGGAGACCCCCGGCGCGUACCGGCUCGUCGACAAGGCCACCGGCGACGGGGUCAUCGUCUGGGGCGGCGCCGACGACGGCGAGGACGCGCCGAUCCCCUCCGACGAGGUGCUCUCGUGGAGCACUCGCCGGAGGGAGGAGAAAGGCUUUGAGAUGGUCCCUGGUGCUGCUGAUUUCACUAGCAAGCCCGUGUCAUCUGUUGGAACCUUCGGUAGAUUGAAGGCUCAGAAAGUAAAAUCUCUAAUCAGAAAGUCUUCUCGGAUAAGCAGAGAAAGAGGCAAUUUAUCAGCUGAUGAUGCCGAUCAUGUGAAAUCUUUUCAGCUUACCAGAAAAGAAAAAUCUAAAUUUGGCGUUAUUGAACGUGAAGAGUUAAAUAGUAGUGUUGUUGACGAAGAGGUUCAGGAUACAAGCUCUUUGCCUAUCGGUUCAAUACAAAAUAAUGGAUCUGCGGGUGUGCUGGACUCGAAAUUCAUGUCCAGAGGGUGGGGAGAUGCUGCUUCUGGAAACAAUGCUACUCUUGGCCGGUCGAGUCACCGCAGAAAAUCCUCUAGUGAUAGUGAUUUUUUUAGCAAAAAGUCCUUCAAAGAUCUCGGCUGCAGUGACGACAUGAUCAAAUCUCUAAGGAAUCUAAUGUUCCUGCGGCCGUCACAUAUUCAGGCCCUGGCAUUUAGGCCUGUUUUAGAAGGAAAGAGUUGCAUAAUCGCUGAUCAAAGUGGAUCUGGUAAGACAUUGGCAUAUCUUGCCCCUGUUAUACAAUGCAUAAGACAAGAAGAAGUACUAGGGCUUGGUAAAUCCUCAUCGAGGAGUCCUAGAGUAAUUAUACUGGCGCCUACUGCCGAACUAGCUUCUCAGGUGCUUAGCAAUUGCCGUUCCAUAUCAAAGUUCGGGGUUCCCUUUAGGUCGAUGGUUGCAACAGGCGGUUUUCGACAAAAAACUCAGUUGGAAACUCUUGAACAAGAUUUAGAUGUACUCGUCGCAACACCAGGUCGCUUUCUAUAUCUACUUCACGAAGGAUUUCUUCAGUUAACUAACCUCAAGUGUGUUGUGUUAGAUGAAGUCGACAUCUUAUUCGGUGAUGAGGGAUUUGAGCAAGUUCUUCAACGGUUAGUUAGUUCGGCGCCAGUUUCAGCACAAUAUCUAUUUGUCACUGCAACUCUUCCAUUAGAUAUCUACAACAAGGUGGUUGAGGUAUUCCCUGACUGUGAAGUGAUCAUGGGACCUGGCAUGCAUCGUACAAGCUCGCGGCUUGAAGAAGUUCUUGUGGACUGCAGUGGAGAGGAUGGGGAAGAGAAAAGUCCAGAUACUGCGUUUUCAAAUAAGAGAUCUGCUCUGUUGCAGCUUGUGGAAGAAUCUCCAGUUCCUAAAACUAUUAUUUUCUGCAACAAGAUUGAGACCUGCAGAAAGGUUGAGAAUGUGUUGAACAGAUUUGAUAGGAAAGGGUCACACAUCAAAAUUUUGCCUUUCCAUGCUGCAUUGGCACAGGAAAUGCGCCUCGCAAACAUUAAGGAGUUUCUUAACUCACAAUCGGCAGAUUCGAUGUUCCUCAUAUGCACAGAUAGGGCAUCACGAGGCAUAGAUUUUGCGAACGUGGACCAUGUGGUGCUCUUCGACUUGCCUCGUGAUCCGAGCGAGUACAUCCGCCGUGUCGGGCGGACGGCUCGAGGUGCUGGGGGCACAGGCAAGGCCUAUGUGUUUGCUGUGGGCAAGCAGGUUUCUUUGGCAAGAAAAAUAAUGGAAAGAAACAAGAAGGGCCACCCGCUACACGACUUGCCUUGUGCUUACGAGCUUCACAAUUCGGUUCUCUAGGAGGGUAACACCAAUUUGAGUGAAUAUAUAGUUUUUUUGAGUUAUAUGCAAAGCAACAGCAGCACCAAACAAGUUGAGAUGUUACCGUAUAUGAGAAAUGGUACAAAAGGCCUCUGUUCAAGUUCCUUUGGAGUGUCAAGUGUGUACUUGGCAACACUUGUAGAAAGAGAACAUAAUUUUUGGAGUAAAAUUUUGGUUCUCUUGUUCUUUAA